AUGGGCCAGGUGGCAAGUCGGUUUACUGGAUUAUUUAUAAGACCUGCAGCAAACCUUCGGCCGAACGACGAUGAAGAUCCUGAACAACAGCUAACCUUUGCCAAUGCAGCUGGUGAGAUUUUUUUAGAUCUAAUAGUUUUUAGCGUUUCUGCUUCAUUUUGCAACUUUGUAAUCCUAUUUAACAAACAUAAUUUAUCGUCUAUGUUAAGGAUCUUACUUUGGAUCGCAUUUUCUGAUGUGUGGUGGUCGUUUUGAUA